ACCAUCUCCUGUCUGUUCCUUACUAAUAUCACAACAGUCAGAGACACCUUGUGAACGGCUCAAUAAUUCAUUUAUCAUGAGUUUCCUGUUAGUUAAUAGUGUGUUACUCAUUUGUUCGGUGUAGUUAUUCAUUAACGAUGGAACAGUGUUCUAAAGUGUUACUAAUUAUUUAACUUGAGACUUUUCAGAAUGUCAGAGCAGCUCUGGUCUUGGAGGACCACUGUCACGCAGAGUUUAGCUCCAACCCUAAAAACUCUCCUGCCUUUAGAUUUCUAAUAUUCCUGAGUAAUUUGGAUGCAGUAUUAUUUGUAAAGGUGUUUAUCCCACUUGGAUUUUUCACUAACUCUGAGUUUCUGUUUGAGACUGACACCUAGUGGACAUUUUAGGAUGUGAGUUUACAGACUUCCAGACACACUUGUUUUGCACACGUCUCUCAAACACAGAACCAGGAAACUCAGUUCAGAGAAACUGAAACUGAUCUGCUGUUGAGCUGUUGUUUUUGUGUCUGUAUUGCUGUAGACAGUGAAAUGGCUGAAGCCAGUGUUUUUUCAGUGGAGCAGUUCAGCUGUCCAGUGUGUCUGGAUCUCCUGAAGGAUCCUGUGACCAUUCCCUGUGGACACAGUUACUGUAUGAGCUGCAUUACAGACUGCUGGGAUCAGGAAGAUCAGACGAGAGUCUACAGCUGCCCUCAGUGCAGAGAGACCUUCAGUCCAAGACCUGCUUUACGGAAAAACACCAUGUUGGCUGAAUUGGUGGAGAAACUGAAGAAGACCAAACUAAAAGCUGCUGUUCCUGCUGGAGCUGGAGACGUGGAGUGUGACAUCUGUACUGGAAGAAAACACAAAGCUGUCAAGUCCUGUCUGGUGUGUCUGGAGUCUUACUGUCAAACUCACUUUGAGCGUCAUGAAGAGUUUCGUUCAGGAAAGAGACACAAAGUGAUUGAUGCCACUGGACGACUGCAGCAGAUGAUCUGCCAGAAACACGAGAAGCUUCUGGAGCUUUUCUGUCGUACUGACCAGCGAUGUGUUUGUGUACUUUGUAUGACAGAUGAACAUAAAAACCAUGAGACUGUAUCAACUGCAGCAGAGAGGACAGAGAAAGAGAAACACUUGAAGGAGACACAGAGUGAAAUCCAGCAGAGAAUCCAGCAGAGACAGAAAGAUCUUGAGCAGCUGAGAGAGGCGGCUGUGGAGUCUCAUAAGCGCUCUGCACAGACAGCAGUGGAGGACAGUGAGAGGAUGUUUACUGAGCUCAUCCGCUCCAUUGAGAGAAGCCGCUCUGAGGUGACACAGCGGAUCAGAGAUCAGGAGAAGACUGCAGUGAGUCGAGCUGAAGGACAAAUGGAGCGACUGGAGCAGGAGAUUGAAGAUCUGAAGAAGAGAAACACUGAGCUGGAGCAGCUUUCACACACAGAAGAUCACAUCCAUUUCCUGCAGAGUCUUCAGUGUCUCUCAGCUCCUCCUGAAUCUACAGAAAACAUCUCUGUCAGUUUCCUCUUUUCUUUUGAUGGUGUGAGAGAAUCUGUCUGUCAGCUGAGACUCAAACUGGAGGAUUUCUGCAAAGAGGAGAUGAAAAAGAUAUCUGUCACUCACAGUAACAUUGUUCCCAGAACCAGAGAGGACUUCCUACAAUAUUCGCAUCAGUUCACUCUGGAUCCAAACACUGCACAUAAACACCUCUCUCUGUCUGAAGAGAACAGAGCAGUGACUUACACUGACACACCUCAGCCGUAUCCUGAUCAUCCAGACAGAUUUGAUUAUUAUCUUCAGGUGUUGUGUAGAGAGAGUGUGAGUGGACGCUGUUACUGGGAGCUUGAGUGGAGUGGGAGUGGUGUGUAUAUAUCAGUGUCAUAUAAGAGCAUCAGCAGAAAGGGAUCUGGUUAUGAGUGUGCGUUUGGAUGUAAUGAUCAGUCCUGGAGACUGCGCUGCUCUCCCUCUAGUUUCUCAUUCUGGCACAAUAACAAAGAGACUAAACUCACUGUUCCCUCCAGCUGCAGGAGAAUAGGAGUGUAUGUGGAUCACAGAGCAGGAACUCUGUCCUUCUACAGCGUCUCUGACACAAUGAACCUCAUCCACACAGUCCAGACCACAUUCACUCAGACGCUCUAUCCUGGGUUUAGUGUUUGGGGUCGUCAAUCAUCAGCAAAACUAUUAUAACGAUCUAGAUUAUAGAGAGAUCUACACAUUGUACUGUUAUAUGGUGAAUCUGAAUAUGUAUAUUUUAUGUGUAUUCAUUCACCAUGCACUUUUAUCCAAAGUAGCUCACAAAAGAGAAACAGUGAAAUGUUGUAGGUCUUUUAUUUUCUAAUCUUUAAAGGGGUCAUGACAUGAGAAAUCAAAUUUGUGUUGAUCUUUAGGCAUAUAAGAGAUCUUCGUAUCAUUAAAACACAUUGCAAGUUUCAUAAACAUCCUUCUCAUUAAACAAAGCAUUUAUUUAAUCAAGCUCCAAAAACAGCAAGAUGAUGUCACACGGGCACAAAGAUUUGCAUAAACCCCGCCUCCAGAGUAAAACACUCACAUGUGAGAGCCAGACCCGGCGCCAGACACAAAUUCACGGACGGGCAUUUCAUUUUUUCAGGGGGGCACAAAUGAUAUCAACCUCACUGCAUAAUAUCAUUAAUUAUGAAUUAAAUGGACAAAAUUCGAGGAAGAACUGACGUACCUCUCCAUUGACGCAAUACAACGGAGGAGUCGUAAAGACUGGACCUAGCCUGAAGCAUUCUAAACACACGUGGCUCGACAUCAACGCUUGUCUGCUUAUCAGGGACAAGUGGAUUUUUUAAAAGGCCAAGUGAAAGAGAAUUUUAGCCUAGCCUGAUUAAAACGCCAAUAACAAUCACCAAAACGCGAUAAUGAUUCUGCAUCCUUUAGGGGCCGUUCACAUAUCGCGCCUAAAAACGUGUGGAAAACGCUAGACGCGCCACUUUCUCCUUUUUUCCAAAAGCCUUCGGGCACUUGCGCUCCUGAGGCGUCUGCCGUUGCUAAGCAACCAUGACCUGCGCUCACCAUGAAGACGCGGGAAUUUCAAGGAUAAAUGGAUUUGCAGCACUAAAAAAAAUCGCUUGGAGUAGCUCUGCUACUUAAUUUAUUUAAAAAUGGCUAUCCAUAUACAGCUAUGAUCAGCUGUUUCUUCAUCUUGGCUGAGCUUUCAACGUUGUUAUGGGAAAGGAUGAAGCUGAUUGGUUGGUUCUUGUCACAUGACCCGCGGUGCGCUUGCAGCAUUCUGGAAAGUUGAAAUGUUUUUAUCUCUGUGCGGCGCGG